AAACCCAGACCCCCUAAUUCCCAGCCCAGGUUCUUCUGUCACCCCCUGUGUGGAGGGAUGAGAUCAUCAGGCUCAUUUCAGAACCUCUAGGAAUGUGGGCCACCCUAGGAAGACAUGGGUGGAUUCCCUCACCACAGAAGGAACCCCACCCCACCUUCUCCAGAAUUCUUUCACUCCCAAAGACCAGAAAGAACACCUGCCUCUGUUGGGGACCCCCUAUCUUCCUCAGGGGAAAGGGCAGAUCUACCCCAUCUCUGGAUUCGCCAGAUGGGGCCCAUAAAGGGGAAAGGUGGCGUGGAGGAGCAGAGAAAACACUCAGCGAUAACAUCCAGAUCCCUUGGCACGAGUUGAGCAACAGCAGAGCUCCAGCCACAACGCUGCUCUGCUCGCCACCACCCCACCACCCCACCGCUCCCACUGCACGCCUCCAGGCCUUCCCACGUGCUGCUUCCUCCUCCACCUUUGUCUGGAAGAUUCCUCGUUCUCCUCAAUACCCUGCUCAACAGUCUGUUCCUCCAGGAAGUCUUCCUUGCACCCCUCCUCCCCCAGCUCAGCCCUCUGUGCUCCCACAGGCACUAGUGCUGCCCUCUGAUAGAACCGAUCACACCCCAGGGCCCCCCAGCACCCUGUGUAACACCAUCCCAACAUCCAUCUCAAGACAACAGUUCCUUUUGGUAUCUCCCUUUCCAAUCAGAAAACAAGCUCCUCAAGACAGUGAUCGCCUCCCUCCCCCGAGUAAGCCUGAGCGAGGCAGUGCUGGGCACGCAGCAGGCGUGCUGUGGGUGUGGAGCCGGAGCGGGUGGAAGUGGAGACGGUGGGGCUUGCCUGCGGACGGAGGUGGUGAUGAUGUCACUUCAUACUGGGAGAGGUGA